AUGGCAACUUCAUUGCAAGAGUUUUUGUCAUGGGCGCAAGAAAAUGGUGUAAUGUCUGAUAUCAAUGUUCGAAAGAUUCCAGAUAAAGGUUUAGGUCUUGUCUUAAAACGCCAAGCGGCUCGUGAUAAUUCAAUAGUUGCAUAUAUUCCUUUUCAUCUUUUACUUAACACGACAAAAGUUGGAAAAUAUGCUAAAGAAAAAGCUCCUAAACUUGAGGAAACUUUUCAAGCUUUAAUAAAACAUGGUGAAUCAUUAACCGAACGUAUGUAUGUUGAUAUUUUACCGCAUACUCUUCAUACUCCAUUGUUUUAUGAUAAAACAUUAAGAGCUUGUCUAGAUGGAACAAGUUUGAAAUCGGCCGUAGACGCAAAGUUCAAUAAACUUCAACGUGAAUAUAAUAGACUACGUCCUCAUUUUAAUCAAUGUCGUCUUGCUUCUGACAAUAAUUUCAUUGGCCCUGUUUCUGAUGAUUACCAUUUAGUACCAUUUCUUGAUUUUGCUAAUCAUUCUUUAAAACCUUACGCUCGAUGGGAACUCACGCCUGAAGGUGUUGAAUUAAUUCUUACAAAAUCUGAUUCUCCUGAACCUAUUCUCCCUGAUACUGAAAUUUGUAUCUCAUAUGGUGAUAAGCCUAACUCGGAAUUAUUAUUCAUUCAUGGUUUUACGUUGAUCGAUAAUCCAUGGUCUGCAAUUUCUUUUCCUGUACCUUUCUAUGAAAACGAUGAAUUUGAAGAAGAAAAAUUUAUAUUUAUGCAAUGUCAUGGAAUCAAGCCUUUAGUUUCUCUUACUAGAAAAAAAGGUGGCGCUGAAUUGACACGCGAAUCUAUCGGUGCAAUGUGGAUAAGUGUUUUAACAAAAGAGGAUGGUUUAAAAUUUACAAAUGUAAUCGAUGAUUCUUCACAACCUGUAAAUUUAUUAAUUGGUGAUAAAAUUAUUCAUACUCUUGAUGAAUUGGAUAAUGCUGUCAAGGAAUUACCUAUAUUUCCAGUAAUCGAAGGACGAGUUAUUUCUCUUAUUUUAGAAAAUGUAGAACACCUUUUAUCACAUUUUAAACAAACCAAUGAGAAAGUUCUGAAAAUGAUGGAAAGUGGCAAAAAUUCGCGUGAAUUGGAGUAUAUUAGGAUAUAUAGAGAAGAUGAAUAUAAAUUUUUGGAAUAUGCUGUGGAUGAUUUUACGAGAAAACGUGAUUCUUUAUUAUCAGACGAAUACAUAAUGGAAUAG